AUGGCGGCCCUUAAACUUUUUUCGCUCGCCUCUGCGUCUGACUCCAACACUGAAAACAUGGCGGCCCUUAAACUUUUUUCGCUCGCCUCUGCGUCUGCGCUCGUGAUGGCAAACGCUGUCCAUCAAACCGAGAAGCAAACUCCAUUGACAACGAGAGAAGUAACAUCAACAUACACUGUAAAUCUUGGGCAAACUGCUGUGUGCCUCGACGAAAUCAACGAUGCACGCGAAGCCGCCGGGCUGGCACGCUUUGUAACGGGCAACAGUGAAGACCUAGCGUGGCCUAAAACUGGCAGUGAGGAAACGAAACAGCAAACCAAUGCGUGGGAUCCUGUUUGUAAAGCCCUGAUAGAAGACGACUCACAAGAACCGGAAGAGAGCCCCGCUUCAAGCGAAUUUAAAAGUGGCACGUACGCCUUCAUGGCCUUGGAAUCAGAGACGCCUGACUGCGCCGCCGCAGUGAGCCACUGGAAGGACGCCGCCAGCAACUUCACUACAAUCCCUCCGGCGAAGACUGAAGAAACGGAUCUUUACGACAAACAGCAGAACGUUUCCUUUAUUGCCCUGUACAACCCUUCAAACGAUGCCGCUGCUGACUGCCGAGUCGUUACCUGCACUCAACCUGCAACUUCCAGCCCCGGAGCAGGCAACUUCCGGAACACUGAGAAAGAGAAGAAAGGCUACGCUCUACUGUGCAUGACUACACCUGAUGCACUUAAAGAGGAGAAAGUUCCCUUCACGGACGACCAGUGGAACAAGAUCAAGGCAUCCAUCACAGGUUCAGCCUCUGCUGUUGCUCCGAGGCAAACUGCUGUGUGCCUCGACGAAAUCAACGAUGCACGCGAAGCCGCCGGACUGGCACGCUUUGUAACGGGCAACAGUGAAGACCUAGCGUGGCCUAAAACAGGCAGUGAGGAAACGAAACAGCAAACCAAUGCGUGGGAUCCUGUUUGUAAAGCCCUGAUAGAAGACGACUCACAAGAACCGGAAGAGAGCCCCGCUUCAAGCGAAUUUAAAAGUGGCACGUACGCCUUCAUGGCCUUGGAAUCAGAGACGCCCGACUGCGCCGCCGCAGUAAGCCACUGGAAGGACGCCGCCAGCAACUUCACUACAAUCCCUCCGGCGAAGACUGAAGAAACGGAUCUUUACGACAAACAGCAGAACGUUUCCUUUAUUGCUCUGUACAACCCUUCCAACGAUGCCGCUGCUGACUGCCGAGUCGUUACCUGCACUCUACCGCCAAUUUCCGGACCCGUAGCAUUCAACAUCCGGAAAGCUGCGGAAGAGAAGAAAGGCUAUGCUCUACUGUGCAUGACCACACCUGAUGCACUUAAAGACGAGAAGGUUCCCUUCACGGACGACCAGUGGAACAAGAUCAAGGCAUCCAUCACAGGUUCAGCCUCUGCUGUUGCUCCGAGUUUGCUUGCCGUGGCCAUUGCGGCCCUUGGCUUGGUUGCCCUUUAA